AUGGGUAGCACAGAGCCGACAGCGCCGUCUUACUCGGCGCCACCAGAGACCGUCACCUUUGACGCCCUCUUGUUCGACAUGGACGGCACUAUCAUCGACUCGACCAACGCCGUUAUCAAGCACUGGGAGACCAUUGGCAAGGAGAUUGGUGUUGACCCUGAAGUUAUCCUCCAGACUUCCCACGGGCGGAGAACCAUAGAUACCCUCAAAGUCUUUGCCCCUGAGAAAGCAACCUGGGAAUAUACCAGACAUCUCGAGGGUCUUCUGCCCAAGCUCCACGGCGCCGAUGCAACCGAGAUUCCCGGCGCACGCCCGCUGCUCGAAGGGUUAAUUGCCCAGGCCGCGCCUUGGACCAUCGUCACGUCGGGCAGUGAGCCACUAGUGACCGGCUGGCUCGACGUCCUCAAACUCCCUCUCCCCGCCCACAUCGUCACAGCCGAGUCCGUAUCCAACGGCAAGCCAGACCCAGCCUGCUACCUCCUCGGCCGGGAACGCCUCCUCGGCAGUGACAACAGCAUCAGCAGUAGCGAGGAAGGAAACCAAAAACAAGUCCUAGUCCUCGAGGACAGCCCCGCGGGCAUCCGCGCGGGUAAGGAUGCCGGCUGCAAGGUGCUGGCCGUAGUCACCAGCCACACGGUCGAGCAGGUCUUGGCUGCCGGGCCCGACUGGGUGGUGCGGGAUUUGGACUCGGUGAAGUUGGUAAGGGCGGAUGGGGCCGGGGCGACGUUGGAGAUUCGGGAUGCGUUGGUGAGGGAGUAG